AUGAAUAUGCAUAAGAAGGUUUGCUUUGAGUGGUUCAAUGCAUUCCAACCAUCUGUAAGCUACAAGCAAUAUGCUCUCCCAUUUGAAAAGGCAGGAAUUUUGUUCAAUUUAGGGGCGAUUCUUCUGGAGGCUGCUACCAAGAAAUACCGCGAGAGUGAAUAUGGAGCCGAUAAAGAUGAUUUGUUGAAGAAUUCACUUUUGUAUCUUCAACAAGCUUCCGGACUUUACCAAUUCCUUAGUGAAAACUAUUUACACGCCCCAUCCAAUGAUUUAGGACAGCUCACGGUGAAAUAUUUGGUUCAAUUGAUGUUGGCACAGGCCCUGGAAGUGUUUGCAUUGAAGGUUAUAAGUGGAGAUUUAGAUCAACUGAAAAAAUCUUUGAUAUCGAAAUAUGUAAAGGAAGUUGGUACAUUAUGA